ACUACUGGGUACCUAAAGUAGGCGCGACUGUGGGGCGCCUGUAUGUAUGCGACAUCACCGACUAACACUGAAGAUCCCCACCCCUGUGAGCCCGCGGGUUGUCGCGACGGGGCCAAAAGCAGCCGUUUCCGGGGGUUCCCUGCCCUGGCUUAUUCCUUGUCUUUCUAAAUCCUUACCCACGACAAGCCACCCCAACGUGACGGUUCUUCAGUUGCACAUCGUCGCGACUACGACACGGACACACCAUAUAUACAUUCAUUUUAGAGGAUUUUUCAUUUUUAUCAUUCCUUUAUUGCAUCUGAACAAUAACAACGAAAUUAUCCUAUUUCCACCCCAACCACAUAAGGAGUAUUUUCAAAAAAAAGAAAAUAUGUGUGACAAUAUAUUUUGACAUUAUUUCAGUUUCGCUAAAUGCUGAUAAAUUGUGAUAAAGUGCGUUAAAAAAAAUUAAGAUUUGCCUCAAUAUACAUAAUAUAGUGAUGAAUCAUUGACAAAGUUGAGGAAUUUUUAGACGCAUCUUGGGGAACUCUUCCAAAACUGAAAUCUGAUCUUUCUGCAACGCGUGGAUGAAAGGCUCUCGCAGGUAUCCCCCCUUGAAGAACACUCAUAUAUAUAUAUAUAUAUAUAUAUAUACUUAACGACAGAAAUAAGACCAUUCAGGUUUUUGGAGCUCCUUCUUAUUAUUAUACUUGAGAAGUGUUUGUGUAUGUGUAUAUGUGCGUCAAUUCUCAAAAAAAAGGAUCCUCCAAAUGUAGAAUUGGAGUCUUGUCAUGUUUUCGGAUUCAAUCAACAUAAAUAUAAUUUUUGACAAGAUUAUAUGUCAAUCAUAAUACAUAUAAUUCACAGAUUGAAUUUUAACUGAAUUGGAAAAUAUUUGUAAAAACUUUCCAUUUUUUAAACAAAUAUAAAAAUAAAGCAGUAAUAGUGUCAAUAUAAAAUCUAGAAGAAUUAAAAAAAAAAAAAAUUCUGUACCUGAUUACAACGAAACCAAUCAAUCAACGAAGAAAAAAAGGUUUUGAAAUACGUGACAACAUUAUAUUGAGCACUGCAAUCAUUUAUAUAUAAAGAACGCGACGGAUCCGAGACAGUGAACAAACAAUUCCAGUAGACUUAUUUCGAAGGGUUGGCAAGUUGCCGUCGCUUGCCAAAAAAAAAUUCGCAAAUCUCGCCGUCGCUUAGGGAAUUGUUAAACACUCUCUUUCAUCAAACAAAAUUUCUUCAAGAAAUGAAAAUUUAUGAAAAUACUUAAAUAUUUUUUUUUUGUUUUGCGGAUAAAAACAAACUUAUGUGUCCGUGUGUAAAUUGUUUUUUUCUAAUAUGAACCAAACUAAUACUUCGGAUAGUAAAAUCAUUUAGUGACUAUAAUCUUCUAAACAAUAAAACCUUAUUUAUUAAUUUUGAAUUUAUUCUAUAUAUAGUUUAAAAUGAAGUUUCAAUUAAGUUUGCUGCGGAAAUAGCUUUCCGCAUGAAGAAAAAGAAAUUUAAUUAUAAUUUUCAUGAAAAGAGGAUGUUAAUUUAAAUCAAUCACGAUUCAUCCAAAAAUAACGAAAAUGCCGCAGCGAUCGCCAUUCGCGAUCCAGGAGCUGCUUGGCCUAAAUGGUACGGGGAAUGGUAGCGGUGCUGAUCGUGGAUCACCUCAGGGUUCACCACCGGCAGGAGUGUCGGCUGUAUCCUAUGCACCGGCAGCGCCACAUCAUAAAUUAUGGGACUAUAUGCCAUCCCUGACAAAUCAUUUGGGCAAUUUGGGCAAUCUUGGAAACUUGGGCAAUUUAACGGCAUCGCGAAUGGCCUAUUUGAAUGCUCAAGCAGCCGUCGCUGCGGCUAUUUUUCCACCACCUCAUCCCCAUCCAGCUCAUCAUGUUGCUCAUCAUCAGAUACAUCAGCCUAGCCAACUUCCGUCUCCUGGUGUCAAUGUGCAUCCGGCUACCCAUGCGCAACAUGUACUUCCGGGCACUGCCGUGUCCGCCAAUCAUCAUCAGCUUAGUCCCAGUCAGCAUACACCUCCUCACGGAUUAGUGCACAGUAUUGAUACGGGUAAAGAUUUUACGGUAGACGGCCUUACGGGAUUCAGUAAAAAGAAGAAAAAGAAGCGUCGUCAUAGGACGAUCUUCACGUCCCAGCAGUUGGAGGCGUUGGAAGCUGCCUUCAAGGAGGCCCAUUAUCCCGAUGUCUAUGCCCGAGAGAUGCUCAGCCUCAGAACCGACUUACCGGAAGAUAGGAUACAGGUAAGAGGACGAGUGUGGUUUCAAAAUCGAAGGGCGAAAUGGCGAAAAACGGAGAAAUGUUGGGGUAGGAGUACCAUAAUGGCCGAGUAUGGUCUUUAUGGGGCAAUGGUGAGACAUUCGCUACCGUUGCCGGAAACUAUUCUAAAAAGUGCCAAGGAAAACGAGUCAGUUGCACCAUGGCUUCUAGCGCAACAUUCUAAGUCAAGCAGCUUUAGUCAAGAUUUCGAAAAUAAUCAACGUGAACUGAUUGACUGUGGCCCUGUAGGGAUGCAUCGAAAGUCCAUUGAGGCGGCGGAGCAUCUGAAAUCGGGUGGCGAGGACAGCGGAAAUGACCAUCCUGAAAGCGGAAGCAGUCCUCACCACAACCAUCACCAGGGAGGGCCUACUAGUUCCGAGAGUGGACAGGAGAGUCAAGACGGCAUGGGUCCAUCAUCAUCCUCGGGUGGAGUUCAGGAUACAGAGCAGCUUAGAAAUGAAAGCAUCGCGUGUCUAAGAGCGAAAGCUCAACAACAUCAGUUGCAGUUAAGUUUGCAACCGGCGUCAGCGCCAGGAAGUACUUCGUAUCAAACUACAGCACAACCUAGCACGCUUCACGCCUCUGUGUAAAGAAAUUAAAAAUUUCUAUUUAAAAGUGAAUAUCUUAACUUCUUGCUUAAUAGAAUAACUUGUAAACAAUUAUGUUUUAUCAAAUUAAGCAAGACGUUAAAGAACUAGAUGCCUAAAAGGAAAAAAAGAAAUACAUUAAAAGUGCAAAAAGCGUUAAACGCAACGUGAAGAAAGCAUUUUAUUCUCAAAAAUUUAGUAAAAUUUCCGAACAAGAAAAGUCAUUAAACACUAUCGAUAAAAGUAUUAAUAUACUCUCAUAUAAUGACUAUUAUAUAUAUAUAUAAAUUUUUCCCCGAGCGAUUCGAUUGUUGAAUGCGUAUAAUGUGUAAAUUUCUCACAAAAAAUUAAAUUAAAAAAAAAAAAAUUGUAAGUAGACGGUUGGUGCUGGUUCACAAAAACCAAAUUUUUGAAUUCAAUAUUAAAAAAAAAAAAUUUUUUCUCUUCGAAUCAGAAAAUAAUUUUAAAAAUAAUCCUAUUUCAUAUUUUAUACGCAAUGAAAAACAUAAAGUGGACAAUUUGUUUUUUAAUUAGAAAAUUUUUUUAACUAUAGAAAAAUAAUUUGGCAGCCUUACAGGAAUUAUUUUCGUAUCAUUGCGCAAAAUAUAAACAGGUGUGGUAAUAAUCGAAUUUUGGAAAGUAAAGAAAUAAGUCUAAUCGACAGCAACGAAAUGAAAACUCAGUGUAUAUAUCUGAGACGAAAAAAAAUACUGAAAUGCAUCGACAAUUGUAAAAUUGAAAAAUAAAUCGGAUCAAAGAUUGAAGAUAACUUCGGUAUUCCGAAUAUCUAUAUGUUAAUAGCUGACUUACACGUGUAAAAAAAAAGAACUGCGUAUAGUUUUUAUCUAUGAAAACGUGGCAGUAAGUAGUUAUUCGUUAAUAAAAUACAAAAAAUUCUCGGUGUCGCAAAUCGAAAGGAAUUUCUUUAAAUACAAAAAAAAAAUUUAUAAAUGAAGCACAACGAGUAAUAUUUAAACUGAGAAUACAAUUGAACGAUAUAGACAAUUUUUUUAUAAACAUAUAGUAUCAAUUACAAAUAAAAAUUUAAUCAAAGAUUCUACAUAAAAUAUUUAGUUUUUUUUUUUUAAUUUGUAGUUUUAUUUUUUUAAGUUUACAAAUUUUGAACACUUUUGCAUGACUUUAAAAAGUUUGUAUGAAUAAGUGGGAUAUAAUAAUUGACAAAUAAAAAUCAUUUGUUGAAAUAAAACAGUUUUUUUUAAAUUUUCAAAGUCAAAUUACAGGAUUAUUCGCACUGGAAUAAAAUAAAUAUUCUUUUAUUGUAAAAAUAUUUUUAAUCUUUAGAAAUUUUAAUUAAAAAUAUUUAUUUAUCUAAUUAUUUAAAUUGAUUAAUCAAAUGGACAUUUCUAAUCUAAAUUAUUUAAACAAUAAAAUUAAAAUAAAAAAAUAUUAUUUUUCUACAAUUAAUAAUUUUUUUAAAUUAUUUUAUAAAUAAUUAAAUUUUAUAAUAAAUUAACCAUGUAAAUAUGUUUAAAAAUUAUUUUGUUUUAAUUUAAUUUAAAAUUUGAAAGAUUAUUCUAUCUGUACAAAAAAUUAUCAUGUUAAUUUUACGUGGCUUUUAGCUUAAAUAGACGCAGCUUUGUCCAUUUUUCCACUCCAUUUGCAAACCGAGAAUUGUGUAAUUUGGAGUCAUGCAAAAGUGCUCAAUUCGUAAAUCGAAUUACAUUUUCCAUUCGCUUUUUGCAACGAGUCAUGGAUAAAAGCAAAUAUCGACUUCAGUAACUUCAAUGAUAACUCGCAACGAAAAACCAGACGUCAGAUUUAAGCAGGAAAAAAAACGAAAAUUUAAAUAAAAGAGAAAACCUAAAAGAUACUCAAGCUCACAUCGAAAAAAAAGAAAAAAAGAUAAUUCAAAGGUACCUAUUGUGCAACUUUCAACGAAACUGUCGAAGCUUGUAAAGGAUAGCGGUAAUGGCAAGUGAAAAUGAGAUGCUGAAACAAAGUAAAUAUGAAUAAAUCCGUGCGAGGUGCGAGAGGAAAUAAUUUGUGAAUGAAUGUAUGUGCGCGCGCGACUAUUUGAGGGAAUGAGAGAAAGAGAAAAAAAUAAAUGAAGCGAAAAAAAUGAAAGAGAGAAAGAAAGAAAGCGCGACAAUUGAAAUGAAUUUUUAACAAACUUCCUAUACCCGAGUACUUAAAGAAACGUAACUGUUGUCAAAUGUGCAAUAUAUCAACAUAAGUUUUAGAUUCAUAAGGCAUUAUACUUUAUAAAAAUACGAAGGUGGAUUAAUAGGAUAAUGACGCUCCUCGGAAAUUGCGAUAUUUUUUUCGAAUUUCUAUCGUACAAACAAAACAAAAAAAUGUGAAUUUACAAUUUUUACAUUCAAAUUACACUGAAAGAAAAUAAUGAACAAAUUUUUUUUUUGGAAAAAUAUUUUAUGAUUUAAAACAUAGAUAUGAAAGUUAAGAAAAAUUUUUCUAUAAGAAAAUUCUAAACUUUAAUAUCAAAUUUAUAAAAAAAAUUUGGAAAAAAUAUUUUAAGUAUUACUAAAUAAUUAUAAUUUCAUUGUAGCUUUUAAUAAGUUUUUCUAAAGUUUAGAAUUUUUCAAAAUAAAAAUUACGUUUUUUAGCACAUUUUUUCUAAAUUAUCAAAAAAAAAAACAUAAGAAUUUAUAACAUUUUCUUUUUAAUAAAAAAGAAAUUGUUCUUAUUUUCUAAAUUUCAAAAUUACAAAAAUUGCGUAUUUAUGAUAUAAAAAAAAAUUAAAUUGUGCAAAGAAAGAUCUCUAUAGUUAAUAUGAAAAAUAUGAAUAAAAAUAAUUAGCAAUAUAAUCGUGCUAUGGAGGUUGCAUAAUAUAUUUUAAAUGUAAUGUACAUCCGAAAAGCAUCGAAUCCUUUUCCUCUCCACUGUAUAUAAAUAUUAUAAAUACGAUUAUAUAUAUAUAUAUAUAAAUAUAAAUCCGAUAUAUGUGGUCGCGUCGCGUUCGGUCGAUCGAAUUCUUUCUGCGAUUUUUUCCAUUUUGUCUUAAAAAAAAAAAAAAAAAAAAAAACUGACGCUUUCAUCGAAUAUGAAAUUGUCAGUGUCAUAAUUGUGAUAAAUAUACUUUUUCUAUUUUGUGAGAAAAACAUGAAAAAAAAAAAUUAUAUAAUUAAUUAUUCUUUUUCGUGUGUGGAAUAUAUAAGGAUGUGCAAGAGAUCUGUAUUUUAUAAGAGAAUGAUAUUCGAACGCCUCGACGCGAACAGGCUCUAGAUUAUACAUAAAAUAUAAUGUAUAACGCGCUAUUACUUAAAAAGAAACUAAACACGAAAAAUAACAACCUCAUAUGUUCUCUAGAACUAACGAAAAAAAUAAAAUAAAAUAAACAAAAAACAAGACAAAAGCACUUUAGAUCUCGUUCAGGAUUCCGAACGCCCCGAACGCAUGCAGUAGUCGGCUAGUGUAUUUAAAAAAUAAA